ACACCCUGUUUCCCCUUGUCCUCCAUGUGAUUCUGUAUUCCCUUCUCUUCGUCUCCUCCCACCUCUUGCCCCCAACCCGGCCUCCCCCCUUGCCGAUGAUCGUGAGGAGCUAUUACUACUAGCUCUCUCUUCCCCUUCUCCUCCUCUCCGCCAUUAGCCCCACCUCGGCAAAACCUCCCCUUCCCUGUAUAUAUCCUCCUGUUCCCCCAAUUCGGCCCCAAUACUGCCCGGUGGUCAGCUCAGCUUUGCAGACGCGCGUCAGGGCAGGAGCGGCGGCGGCGGCGGCUCGCGAGCAGGGAGCAUAGCAUGCGGCGGUGAAACCGCGGGGAGCUAAAGCCCAGAGCGAGCGAGCGAGAGGAUGCAGCAGCCGCAGCAUCACAAGCCCAAGCCAUCCCUCUCCGGAAGCUCGUCGUGGAUCCGGAGGUCCCCGCCGCCGUCGCCGCCGCACAAGAAGCCGUGGGGCGCCGGGGGCAGCAGGAGCCGGUACGCCUGCCGCUUCCUGCCGCUGCUCGCGCUAACCGUGUACAGCCUCCUCACCGUGCUCCGCAUCCCCAGCUCCUCCCUCGUCGUCAACACCGCCGAUUCAGAACGCGUGGAGCGGCGCGAGGAUGUGGAGGCGUUCAAGACCCACCUGCCGUCAAACCAGAACAGCCUCGAGGCCCGCCAGGAGACCCGCUCCCCGGCGUCCCUCCCAUGCUCCGCCUUCAUAAACGGCGAGGCGGGCGGCAGGCAGUCGGGGGAGGGCGUGCUGUGCUGUGACCGGAGCCACUACCGCAGCGACGUGUGCUACCUCCGCGGCGACGCGCGCACGGACCCUUCCACCUCGUCGGUGCUCCUCUACAACGCGCCCCGCGGCGCCGCCCCGGAGAAGGUGCGCCCGUACACGCGCAAGUUCGAGGGCAGCAUCAUGAGCACCAUCGACGAGGUGACCAUCCUGCCCGUGCCCGACGGCAACGGCACCUCGGACGCGGCCUCGAGGGACAGGGACAGCCUGCGGCGGCGCUGCGACGUGCGGCACCCGGCGGGCGUGCCGGCUGUGGUGUUCUCGACGGGCGGGUACACGGGCAACGUGUACCACGAAUUCAGCGACGGGCUCAUCCCGCUCUUCAUCACCUCGCAGCGGUUCGCGGGCGAGGUGGUGUUCGUGGUGCUCGAGUACCACUACUGGUGGCUCGGCCGCUACGGCGCCAUCCUGGAGCGCCUGACCAACUACAAGAUCGUCGACUUCCGGUACGACCGCCGGGUGCACUGCUUCUCCGAGAUGAUCGUCGGCCUCCGCAUCCACGGCGAGCUCGUCGUCGACCCCAAGCUCAUGCCCAACGGCAAGAGCAUCAAGGACUUCCAGGCACUCCUCCACCAGGGCUACAGCAAGGCGCCGGCGUCGUCUUCCUCGGCGCCGGUUCCCCUACCCCUGGUCCCGCUCUCCCGGCCGUGCCUCGACCACGCGACGACGAAGGCCGCCAAGCCCAAGAUGCUCAUCUUCAUCCGCAAGCAGAACCGCGUGAUCCUGAACCUGCCCCACGUCGUCACGGCGUGCCGACGGGCCGGGUUCGCGCCGCACGUGAUGAACCUGCGCCGCCAGACGCCGCUCCCCGUCAUCCACGCGGCGCUGGCCUCGGCGGACGCCAUGGUGGCCGUGCACGGGGCCGCGGUGACCCACUUCCUCUUCAUGCGGCCCGGUACCGUGCUGCUCCAGAUCGUGCCCGUGGGCCUCGACUGGGCCGCCGAGUCCUUCUACGGCAAGCCGGCCCAGCAGCUCGGGCUCGAGUACCUCGAGUACAAGGUGGCGCCCGAGGAGAGCUCUCUCGCCGCCGAGUACGGCCUGGAUAGCACCGUUGUGCGGGACCCCUCUGUUAUCAGCAGCCGCGGCUGGUGGGAGAUGAAGAAGGUGUACAUGGACCGGCAGAACGUCACCGUGGGCAUCAAGAGGUUCGGCGAGCUGCUCCGGGCAGCCAAGCUGCACCUCAAGAACGCCACGGCGUGCGCCAACAGCAAUGGCAAUGGCAAGGCAGCCGCGGUGAGGUAGGAUUGCUGGGGCUACGCCCGGUUGAUUAGGUGUUGACUAAUCACAUCUGUUAAUCUCCGUGUUUUUCUCUUUCUUUUGGUUUAUUUUGUUUCCUGGUUGGAGCUGGGGAGGGGGAAGGGAGUAUAAUCGAGGACAAAAGAAGGGAGAUCAUCCUGUACAUAGAAUUGGAUUGGUUGGUAGGGAUCGUCCCCGUGCACAGUACAUUCGUUCGGCUCAUGCUGUUGUUUAGGGAAGAAGAAGAGUAAUAAUUUAUGCUAGAGGCUCUCCCAGAACAUCUUCUUCUUGUUUUUUUUAGUUCAUACUAGUAGCAACAGCUUCUUUCUUUCGUUCUCUAUACCUUUCUUUUUCAUUCUUUGGGUGUCAUGAUGUAAGAACAACAUUCUGUAACAAGUGCAAUACUAGAAUCCAAAGUACAAACUGAAAUGA